CCUAACGGGCCAUGGCGGCGGCGGGCUGCGGGCGGGAGGCGCGCGGGGAAGCGGCGGCGGCGGCGCCGCGCCCGGAGCUGAUGAGCCGCUACGAGGGCCGGGCGGCGGGGCGCGGCGUGCCGCGGUUCGGGUGGCGGCUGUGCCUGGCCCACCGCUUCGCCGAGCGCAGGAAGCCCGUGCAGGCCUCGGACGUCUCCCCCGCGCACGCCCUGCAGCACCUGGGGCUGACCUUCAGGUACCUCGCGUGGUGGUACCGGAAGACGCGCGUGGAGAAGAGGCAGCCCUUCAUCGACCUGCUGAACCCGCAGCCGCUGCGCCCGAUCUACGGCUGCCCGCUGGGGGGCUUGGGCGGAGGCACCGUCACGCGGGGCUGGCGCGGGGACUUCUGCCGGUGGCAGCUGACGCCCGGCUUGUACCACCACAGGGCGGUGGUGGCUGACCAGUUCACGGUCUGCCUGCGCCGGAAGGGCCGGACGGUCUACCAGCAGGUGCUCUCCAUCCAGCGGCCCAGCCGGCUGCAGGGCUGGAACUGGGGCUUCUGCGGCCACUAUGCCUUCUACCACGCACUCUACCCUCGGGCCUGGACUGUCUAUCAGCUGCCCGGGCAGCAGGUGGUGCUGACUUGCCGGCAGAUCACGCCCAUCAUCCCGCACGAUUACCAGGAUUCAAGCCUUCCCGUUGGAGUUUUUGUCUGGGAGGUGGAGAACGAGAGCACAGAGGAGGUGGAGGUCUCCAUCAUGUUCACCUUCCAAAAUGGCAUGGAGACCAAGGAGGACCGGCAGGGCGGGCACUGGAAUGAGCCCUUUAGCAUGGAGAAAGAGGGCUGCCGCGUCCAUGGCGUGAUGCUGCACCACGUUGCUCCGGUGAAUCCCUACACCUUGGCCAUCUCUGCCCGGGAGAAGGCAGGUGUCACCGUUACCCAUCUCACGGCAUUCAAUCCUGCUGGCACAGGACAGGAGGUUUGGCAGGAUCUCCUGGCAGAUGGCCGGCUGGCAUCUCCCCAAGGUCAGAGCGCCCCCACAGAGAAGGGGGAGGCUUGCGCAGCAGCAGUUUGUGCCACGUGCAUGGUGGUGGGCCACGGUCGCGGGAUGCUGGAGCUGGGCUUGGCCUGGGAUAUGCCGUGCAUUCGCUUUGGAUCUAGGGAGAAGGAGCAUCACCGGUGGUACACCCGCUUCUUCGGCAGGGGUGGGGAUGCCUGUCCAGCACUCUCCCAUCACCUGCUCAGCCACUACAAGGCGUGGGAAGAGAGGAUCGAGGCCUGGCAGGAGCCCAUCUUGGGGAACAGCAACCUGCCCCUUUGGUACAAGUCGGCCCUCUUCAACGAGCUGUACUUCCUGGCUGACGGAGGCACCCUGUGGGUGGAGCUGUUGCCCGAGGACAGGGCCACCCUGCGCAACUCCCGGGGCCUCUCCCAGCUGCUUCCGGUCUUGCAGGAGUUUGGGAGGUUUGCUUAUCUGGAAGGCCAGGAAUACCGAAUGUACAAUACCUACGACGUCCAUUUCUAUGCUUCCUUCGCUCUUGCCAUGCUGUGGCCCAAGCUGGAGCUUAGCUUGCAGUAUGACAUGGCUGCUGCUGUGCUGAAUGAGGAUGCGCGUCCCCGGCAGUAUCUCAUGAGUGGGCAGACAGCCCCGGUGAAGCUGCGCAACGUGGUUCCACAUGACAUUGGAGAGCCAGAUGACGAGCCCUGGCAGCGAGUCAACGCCUACCUGGUCCAUGACACGGCGGCCUGGAAGGACCUCAACCUGAAGUUUGUGCUGCAGGUCUACCGGGACUACUCUCUCACACAGGAGGGGUCCUUUUUGCAGGACAUGUGGCCCAUCUGCCAGACUGUGAUGGACUCGGAGCUGAAGUUCGACACAGAUGGGGACGGCCUUAUUGAGAACUCGGGCUUUGCUGACCAAACUUACGACGCCUGGGUGGCGACCGGGGCCAGCGCCUACUGCGGCGGCCUCUGGUUGGCAGCCAUCUGCGUGAUGUGCCGCAUGGCGGAAGCCUUGGGAAACAGGGAGGCCCUGGAAAGGUACUCGGGCAUCCUGGCCAAGGGCACCACAGCAUUUGAGAGGCUGCUCUGGAAUGGGAAGUACUACAACUAUGACAGCAGCCGUGGCCCCUCUUCGGACAGCGUGAUGUCGGACCAGCUGGCCGGGCAAUGGUUCCUGCGGGCGUGCGGACUGGGCGAGGGGCAGUCUGAGGUGUUCCCCCGCAGCCACGUGCUGAGCGCCCUGAAGACCAUCUUCGAGCUGAAUGUGCUGGGCUUCUCGGGAGGGGCCAUGGGAGCUGUGAAUGGCAUGCGCCCCUCGGGGCUGCCAGACACCUCCAGCUUGCAAUCGGAUGAGGUGUGGGUCGGCGUGGUGUAUGCCCUGGCCGCCACCAUGAUCCAGGAGGGCCUCGUGCAGGAGGGCUUCCGCACCGCCGAGGGCUGCUACCGGACCGUCUGGGAGCGACUGGGGAUGGCUUUCCAGACCCCUGAGGCCUACUGUGAGAGGAGAGUCUUCCGCUCCCUGGCCUACAUGCGCCCCCUCAGUGUCUGGAGCAUGCAGCUGGCCUUGGAGCGUCGGGCAGCACAAGGGCAUCCCCUCCCAGCUCAGCCUGUGACCAAUUCGGUUGACCUGUGAGCCAGGGAGAUGCGGUCGGGCAGUUGGCCGUACCCGGCCACAGCGGUCGCCUCCGCUUUCCGUCCUGAGCUAGAGCUGGUCCGUGGGUGCCGUCUGGUCUGCUCCUGGUGGGAACGAAGGAAGGCCCCCUCAACCCCUCCGCCUGGGGCAGGGGUGCCAGGCCAGAGCUGAGCUCUUUUUAUGAGGGGGACAGCUUAUCUCUGAUGAGCUUGGAAGUCUCAACAUUCUUCAAUUUUUACCCCCCACCCCCUGAUUUGCACACAAUCAAGUUCUGUAUAAUCUGGAGUUAUUUUUAGAUGCUGAAUAAUUUUAAUUUAAAAUAAAUAGAACUCAGCAAGGA